AUGGACAACCCCACCAAGGCCCAGAUGUGGUUGACCUCCAUAGAAAAAAUCUUCAGGUACAUGAAAUGCCCUGAUAACCAGAAGGUCCAGUGCGUAGUUUUCUUCUUAGAGGACAGAUGCACUGCCUGGUGGGAGACUACUGAGAGGAUGCUGGGUGGUGAUGUUAGCAGAAUAACCUUGGAGCGGUUCGAGGAGAGAUUCUAUGCUAAAAUUUUCUCUGCCAACGUAAAGUACGCUAAGCAGCAAGAGUUCUUGAACUUGGAGCAAGGCGACAUGACUGUGGAGCAGUAUGACACCGAGUUUGAUAAACUUUCUCGUUUUGCUCCCGAUGUAGUGAAAGAUGAGGCUGCCAGGACUGAGAAGUUCGUUAGAGGUCUCAGGCCAGACGUCUAG